AUGGAGAAAGAAGAAGAGGAAGAGGUGGAACAGGACGAUAAUGAUGAUGACGAUGAGGGUGAAGCUGAUGAAUAUGGUUUUGAGGAGGAAGUUGAUGAUGAUGGAGGGAAUCAGUCUUCUAGUUCUGGUAGUGGAAAUUACUUAAGUAGUGAUGAUGAAAUUUAUGAUUCAAAGUCUUCGAUUGAUUCAGAUGCUUAUCGUCGCUCUCUUAGAAAUUUCGAUGCAGAGAAUAGCAAAAAUCAGUGUAUUCCUAAUGGGUUUGAAGAAUUGUUAAAUGAUGGAAAUUUAGGAGUUGAAUUGUCAGUUCAUAGUGAUUCAAGACUUUGGUAUGUUACCAUGGUACAUGAAGAAGAGAAUGAGGAGUUGAAAGUUAUCUUGGGAGAUGGCUGGUCCAAAUUUGUGAAGGAAAAUAGUCUGAAGGCUGGUGAUGUUUUGAAUUUUAGCUAUUCAGGGCACAAUUCAUUUCUUAUUCAGAUUUUUAGAAGAACAACAAGUAAGAAGUCCAAGCAAGCAAAGAUUAAUGUCCCUUUGGAUUUUCCUAAGAAGUUUUUAAGUGGAUUCGGGGAGACAACUAAUGUUAUUCUUCAAAACUUUGAUGAGCAAUUUGAGGUGGAGCUGAAAAUUGUGAGUAAAGGAAAUACAAUUACUCAAUGCUCGUUGAAGAAUGGUAUAAGGGAGUUCAUUGAUAGGUACAAUGUGCAAGAAGAUGAAGGUGCAUUCAUUAAGUACACAAAAGGUGAUCAUGGUAUAUUUGAUGUCGAUCUAAAUCUGAAUUAUCGUUAG